ACAUAAUGGUUAUAAAAGGGCUCAGCCAGAUGAAACCGGUAUCAUUUGACUGAUCUGAACGCUUGCCUUUGGUUGACUCCGAACGCUACUGUACAGAUUACCAAGUGAAUUUGCAGACUUUCCAAAAGUUCGCAACUUUAAACUGCUCGACGCACUGUGUACGGACAGAGAGUUUACUUAGAUUUUAACCCUCUGUGAACCGAGUCUAAGCACAGUUAAGUCUGCAGUUAUCUUUUCACAUCAUGUUUCGUCCUGUAACACCAUUGUCCGACAAGGACAUGGAAGGAGCAGAUGUUGAGAAUAUGGAUUUUAUUCUGCCGAAUGCUGUGCCGAACUUUGACUAUGUCCUUAAUAUCGGACUUUCGUCACAAGUCGGGCGCGCUGCCGGUGGUUUAAAUCCAUUUGAAGGAGAAGAGGAGGAGGAGAUGGUGGAUGUUUAUCCAACACAUGAGGCGAAACGCCAAAGAGUGUUUGGAGGAGAGAUGGAUUCAUUCCUACCGAAUGCUGUGUUGACCUGUGACUUUGUCCCUGACAUCGGACUUUCGUCAGAGGUCGGAUGCGCUGCCGGGGGUUUGAAUCCAAGUGGAGGAGGAGAGGAGAAAAUCCCAACAAUGUUGGGAUGGAGAUGUGAUGAUGGUGGAAUGGAUUUUGUCCUUCCAAGCGCUGUCCCUGAAAUUGUCCCGAACAACGGACAUUUGUUAGACAGACGCGCCGGGAGUUCACAUCCACGAGGAGGAGUAAAGGAGUUUACUCCUGCAUUUGAGGAGGCGAACAGCCCCACAGAAAAAUGCAAGAAUAAAUUAUUUAAAUCAAUAAAGAAGAAAUGGGAGAAUGUAAAGCAGCCAUUCCUUCAUAAUGAUAAAGUGGAAACACUGAUUCCUUCAGAGCUUAAUGCGGAUUCAGCUAAUCCUAAUCUAAAGGAUGAUGCUGGUCUGGCCAGCUCUGAAUUAAACAAUAAGAUCAAACCGGAAAAACAACGAAUGGCAUUCUUUGACUGUCUCUGGAGGGGCAAGGUGGAGUCAGUGCCGACUCCCCUGCUUAAAGCAGAUCCAGCUAUCCCUGAUGUUAGGGAAGUUGUUGAUCUUGCAUCACAGUCAAAGACCUACGUUGGUCCGAAGAAACAGAAACAAAAGGCUUCAAAGAGCCGCAAAUCUAACCUCCAGGGAGAAAAAGUGACUGUUGUGCCAACUCAACAGCCCAAGGCUAUUUCAGAUAUUCCUGUUGGCAUGGAUGUUCCUGCUCUGGCCGGCCCCCAAUCAAAACCAAAGAUUUGUCUGGAUAAAUGCAAGACAUUGAUGCAACGCAUCCUUGGAUGCUUCCAGAGGGGCAAAGUGGAGUCGAUGCCGACUUCACAGAUUGAGGCCGAUCCAGCUAUCCCUGAUGCCAGGGAAGUUGUUGAUCUGGCAGAUUCUCAAUCGAAGAGUGUUGGCUUAAAGAAACAAAAACAAAAGGCUUCAAAGAGCCGCUCAUUUCACAACCCUUGGGGAAAAAAAGGGAAGAGUAAAGUGAAAAAAGAUGCCGAUCCAGCUAUUCCUGAUGCCAUGGAUGGUGCGGAUCUGGCCAGUUUUGGUGGCAUCGCUGCAGCUAAUGCCGGGCUACACAAGUUAGGUGCCAUUCCAGAGAAUAUUGGGUUAAAAGGUGGUGGAAAUCCUGACCCAAAUAAAGCAAAAAAUCCUGGGUCAAAAGAUGUUGGAAAUCCUGGGUCAAAAGCUCUUGAAAAUCCCAGAAACCCCUUGCCAGAAGAUGAUAAAGUUGUGAGGUCAAAAGCUUUUGAAAAUCCCAGAAACCCCUUGCCAGAAGAUGAUAAAGUUGUCAGGUCAAAAGCUUUUGAAAAUCCCAGAAACCCCUUGCCAGAAGAUGAUAAAGUUGUCAGGUCAAAAGCUUUUGAAAAUCCCAGAAACCCCUUGUCAGAAGAUGAUAAAGUUGUGAGGUCAAAAGCUUUUGAAAAUCCCAGAGAUCCCUCGCCAGAAGAUGAUAAAGUUGUCAGGUCAAAAGCUUUUGAAAAUCCCAGAGAUCCCUCGCCAGAAGAUGAUCAAGUUGUCAGGCCAAAAGUUAUAAAUGUUGUUCAACAAGCUUUUGAACCGCCAAGCGAGAAGAAACCAGCUGAUCCCUCAGUGCCUAAAGAGCCUUUUGAUUCUAAAUAUCAACUCUUGGAGGAUGAAUUGCUUGGGCAAGGUUGCUUUGGCAAAGUGUACAAAGGGAUCCGUAUAUCGGAUGGCACUCCGGUUGCCAUCAAGCGAAUAAGGAAACGAAAGCAUGAACGCACUCUUCAGAUUCCUGGAUACCCCAAACGACUUAUUACAGAAGUGGCGCUGUUGCUUAAAUUAGGAGAUGCGCCCUUUUGCCCCAAUGUCAUACAGAUGUAUGACUGGUACGAGACUGAACGCUUUCACAUGCUCGUGUUGGAGUACCCACUGCACAGCGGAUCCUUGGCGAAAUUUGUUAUUUGUGAAGAAAAACUAAGUGAAAAUACAGCAAGACAUCUCAUGCGUCAGGCAGUACUGGCAGUGCAACACUGUCUGGAUAACGGAGUUUUCCAUAACGACAUCCAGCCCGGAAAUUUCUUGGUACAAAAAUCAACAAUGACACUGAAGUUAAUUGACUUUGGGCUUGGAUAUUAUCUGACGCAUAAUGAUGCCUAUGAUUCCUAUUACUUUAUGGGAGCUCCAUGUCGCACCCCUCUUGAGAUCGAAACGGCUAAGAAAUUGGACAUCGUGCCAGAAUGCGUCUUGGGCUUAGGUACUGUGCUGUACUUCAUGGUGUUUGGAUCUUUACCCGGUCUUUCCCGGACAACUGAGCAGGAUUUAUCAAACCAAAUCUGCGAUCUGUUAAGAUGGUGCCUGGCCAAGAAUCCAAGUAAUCGUCCGACGCUCAAGCAGAUCUUAGAUCAUGAUUGGUUUAAAACUGAGUCUGACGAAGAAGAGCUACUCGUAUACAAAAUGAGGGCACUAUCCACACAAAUAUAAAAAGGAUGAAGCUGAAUGACUGAAGGAGACGGGAAUGAUUGGAGAUGCUGUUUUCAUCAUCCUGAGACAUAUGGAGUUUGAAGGAGGUUUUAUUUCAGCCUCAGACUUCAUGAACACAGACCGCUGGCUGAACGUCUGAUGCAGAUCCUGUCUCAUCCUUGAACACAUUAAAAAAAAUGUUUUAAUUCUUAAUGUUUUUAUAUUUUAAAGUUGUAUAAUAUAGUUUCUAAUAUAUAUAGUAAGUCCUCUAUAGAAUCAGCUGUCUGGCUAGGAGUUUAGGGAGUCAGGUUUAACUUAGAUCUCUCUGCUAUACAUUAUCACAAUGCUUGAUAGUUUAGUUUAAUCUGUACUUUGCAACGUUUGUUGUCCCUUGAUUUUUCUGUGUUUUUUUUUUUAUUAAUGUAAAGCUGCUUUGAAAUAAUUAAACAAUUCUGAAAAGUGCUACAGUAUAUAAAUGAAAUUGAAUUGAAUAUGGAAGACUUUUCUUUAGCAGAUGUUUUAAUUUGCUUUUUUACUUUUUUUAUUUGAUCAAACUGAUUAACUUGGGUUACUUAUGUACAUGUUUUUUAUAUGCAAUAUCAAACCCUUGACCUUGGUAUAAAAUACUGGGAGUUAACGUAGUAAAUCCAAUCAGACACAAUGUUAAACCUGAUGCUGUUUUAACCCAAAUAAAUAAGUACACUUGACCUAAACCUUAAAAUAUACUCUUCAUUACUCUGUUUUAGUUUAAUUUGCAUGAUUUAUCUCAAUCAUCAAGACAUUUUGAUUAACUUAUUUAAUUUGUCCCCACAGCAAA